AUGGACCCUAACCAGUUGGAGCGACUGCGCGAGUCCCAGCAAAAGGGACUGCAGUCGUGCGACACGAAGCUGGAGCGCUGGGCGCAGUUCGAGCGCGACUACGAGUCCCUUUGCGGGCGGCUGGACACCCUGGCCGACCGCGUCACUCACGAGGUGAUGGUGCCGCUCAACUCUCUCGCCUUCAUGCCCGGUCGCCUCGUGCACACCAACGAGGUGCUCGUGCUGCUCGGCGACAACUGGUUCGCCCAGCGGUCGGCGCGCCAGGCGUUUGACAUUGCCAAGCGCCGCGCCGACCAGUGCCGCCGCAUGCAGCGCGACCUGGAGAAAGAGAAGGAGCAGCGUUCCAACUGGAUCAAGUAUACAGACGAGCUGCACAGGGAGAGCGCCUGUGCGGAGAUCUGUGAGCCCUACGACCCGACUGAGGAGGAAGCCUGGCGCGAGAGGCACCGCAAGAGCGUGCGCAACUACCACCGUUCGAAGAAGGACGUGCGGGUUGGCGAGGGGGAUAAGGACAUCUGGGCGAUGCUGGAUCGCCUGGAGCAGCAGGAGGAGCGGGAGUCAGCCUCUACGAGCGAGGAGGCUGCCUCACGCAAGGUUCGCUGGCAGGACGAGAGCAGUGUGCACAUCACUUUCUCACACUCGGACACCAGCCUUGCGGAAACCUGUGCCCCCGCGGAGUCGACGAGCACCGAGAGCAUCGUCAUGAGCCCCGGGGAUAUCUUCAGGAUGUUCGGAGGCAGCGAGAGUGGCACCACCAAGUCGAUUCUCAAGAGUCCGGCCGAGGGUGCGGGCAGGGCAGUCGAAAGGGCACCCCCAGAGGUGGUGGAGAAGCCACUCUGGAGUGCGAGGCUGGAGCGGAGCCGGGACGACGCCUUCACGGGGACGGUGGUGGAGCACGACGUGCAGCCGCCUUCUGACACGACGUUGGACAUUGACGUGACCAAUGUAGAUAUUCCUCAAGCGCUGAGUAGACCAAAAUCUCUUUUCAAGUCGAAGAGGAAGGCCAAGUAA